CGCAGCGUCCAAGCCAAUGGAGUAGUUGAGCCUCCCCAAGCCGCCCCCGGUUCAAGCUAGCCGCGCCUGUGCAGGAGACAAGACGCGGCGAUACGGGGAUUACCUAGAUACAGUUCAUGUAUGGAUGUACACUGUAGUCAUACGUACAGGCUCCGAUACUACGCCGGCCCAGGCAGGGCAGUGAUUGUUACAAGUACUUUCCAUACUCCAUAACAUCGAACUCCGUUACUGGCCUUGCUUCCUAGUUUGUUUGUUAGGUUAGCUAACUAACCUUCUUGCAACGCUCUCUGCUUCCCUUUUCUUCGUCCUCUUCUCUCAUCUUCCUCUUCCUCUUCUUCCUCUUCUCCUCUCCUUUGUGUCUCAACUCCCUCUCCUCCUCUCUUUUCUUCCGUUUCCCUCUGGAGAGUUCAUCCUCCUCCUCUCCUCCUCUCCUCCUCCCCCUCCCCAACCUGUUAAUUCCCAGGAGAGAGAAAGCUGGGGAAAUCUGGUGCGUCUGGUGUGGCUGACCUCGAUCGUUGACUGUCAUCCAGUCACCUUCAUCGUCUCCCACCUUUCUUCCAUUUCUCCUCAAACCACCGCCCCCUCCGUGUCGAGCCUUUUUAUUUUUUUCGAGGGUCUUCCUGACCUUCGAUUCUCGACUCCUCUUCUUCCUCCUCUUCCUCUUCUUUCGUCCCGCUCCGUUUCCUUUUAUUCCCCCCUUCCUCCCUCUCCCCUUUUUCGACGGUGCCUCCCUCCCCUUCUCCAAUUGUGACAUUGACGGUUCUUUUAUUGCCGUUCGUCUUCAGUUUCACCACCCGAGUUAGAAGAGAGUAAAAAGAAAAUAUAUAAAAAAUUACAAUAAGAAAAACCAGCAAGAACAAAAAAAAAAAAAAAAAAAAAUCCCUUGGGUCGUCUGCUCUGGGACUCUUUUCUGCUGGAAAAGAUCUCAGCGUCAAUAGGCAUUGAGCCUCUCCUUGCGUUCGGUGAGGAUUGUUUUCAUACCGCGGACUCGCCCACGCCAAAGUCAGGCAACCCUGUGAAGGCUCUGCAAUUGUACACUGUGGAACUUCUUUUUUCCACAUCAGUAGUAAUCUAGCAGCUUAAGUUGUUGGCUUGACAGGUGGAGACGUUGACUCGUCGUUCACCCGGCCAUUUGCCGUCGAUUUUCGAAUUCAACCUUACCCGAGUUCCAGAUUAGAUGACGCGACUGCUACUGAAGUAAGGGUGACCAUUUGCCCUUCUUGCUAAACGUCAAACUGGCUUUUUUUCACUUUCAUUUUAUAUUCGGUCGACUGACCACUUCACUUUAAACGUGCCGAUUAUUAUCGUCACAUAACUCUCCUUAAUAUUUCACCAACUAAUUUUCAAUCUUUUUACAACCCACUUAAUACACGACUGUCACUCUCUUUUCCCUUCCGUCGUUUCUUUCUUCAGCUUUUGAGAUAUACGGGUUAUAUUCCAGGUCCUCUCUUUCGCGACAAGUUGACGCAACGCGUAAACUUGUCGAUUUCGAUUUCUCCAGAGCGUCUAUCAAUAUGGCUUACCAACAUCGCCCCACCUCGUCGUUCCAGCCGUGCGACUCAUACUUCGUGGAGUCGUAUGAACCAGAGUAUCAUGGUCCCAGGCUGGGUCCAAAAGAGCAUGCAAAACUGAUCGCUCGCGAACGUCAGUUUGCGAUUGCUGAUGAGUUAUCAAAACAAGUUAGCGAUGAAUAUCAAGAUGAUAUUCUAGCUCACAUGCUCAUGAUGGAUUCCUCGACCCUGCCGGAUGUUGAUUCGAUUGAUAUCCAGACCGAGAUCCAGUGGUUCAUGCGUCCCUAUCUCCUCGAUUUCCUCAUAGAAGCACAUACUGCCUUCCAGCUCUUGCCGUCGACCCUAUUCCUUACUGUCAACUUGUUAGAUCGGUAUUGUUCCAAACGCGUGGUAUACAAAAAACAUUAUCAGUUAGUUGGUUGUGCAGCCCUACUAAUUGCGGCAAAGUAUGGAGAUAAGAAGGAUCGUGUCCCAACAAUCAAGGAGCUCAAGACUAUGUGCUGCUCUCAAUAUGACGAGGACAUGUUCGUACAGAUGGAAUGGCAUGUUCUGCAAACCCUUGGUUGGGCGAUAGGUCAUCCCACUGUCGACAGCUUUCUACAGCUGGCAGUUGUAGAUACUCCAUAUGAUCCAGAGGUAGAACAUCUGUCGCUUUAUAUUUUGGAAAUAUCACUAUUCCAUAGGGACUUUGUUUCGAAACUUUCAUCGGAUCUCGCACGAGCUUCGCUGGCUCUCGCUCGAUGCAUCCUAAACCGCCCUCAACCCCGAAAUACAGACUGGGCUUCGCAUUAUGAUUCCCUGACUUUGGUAAACUUGUCUCAGCACUUGGUCCAGCCGUCGCAGGUCCUCUGCAGGAAAUACUCGUCCGCACGUUAUUCUCGGGCAUCGAGGCUUUUAGAGCAAUUCCUUGCCCACCAGGCGUCGAUACCUAAGGCCUACACCCCGCCAACCCCAACAGCGGAUACUUCUUCUGAACAGCUCAAACCAUACAACGGAGAGAUGGGGCUUGCAACACCUCAAAAACCCCAAUACCAGUCGACGAUGCCCAAUGGAUACCUGACACCACCAAUCACCCCUGAAAACGAGGCGUUCGCCGGUGCUGUGAAUUCCAAUAUCCCAAAGUCAAUUCCAGGUAUUACCAAUGGCUCCCCGACACCGCCCUCCAGUGCCCAAUUCCCACAAGCUUAUCAUCACCGUCUAGAGGAUAACCCCUACAGCCAGCAUCAGCACUUUGCUCAGCAGCAGUCCGUUGGGUACAAUGGGGUGUUUUGAGAUACAAUCAACCGCACAACCUUUUUACUUCUACUGUUUUAGGCGCGGAAUGAGCUGACUGCAGAAAAGCCCCACGACAUACUACGCUAAGCUUCGCAGCCAGCCCUCAAUAUCGCAUCGGAUACUCGCCUAUUGAUGCACAACGCUCCCACAACAACUUCCCCGGGAGUACCUACGUCCGAUUGGGAUUUCCACGGGGCGCGGCAGAUAUCACCCGAUAUUAAUUAAUCCAGGCUUAAAAAAACGACCGAAAGGCCCUACCCUCCCCGAAUAUCGUGUUUUUGUUUUUAUUAAUUUUUUUUUAUCGCAUUAACUACCCAGAAAUUGCGUUUGAAAAGAUCAAUACACACGCACGCAUGUUUUUAUUCAUUUAGUUAUUCUGAAAAUAUUUUUUCUAUUUUCUUACUUCUAAUUACCUAGUUUGAUAUCAUCAUCUGUUUGUCUUCUCGACAGGAUGUAUGAAAAACUUUUUUUUCCAAAUCUAGCAUUUUGCAAGCGCGAGUCGUUUCUAAAUCGAAGAUUCCAAAAAUUUUGUUUUGUCUAUGUAUCAUCUUCCCCCCCCCCCUUUUUUUCCUCUUUUUUAUUUCCUUUGUUAGUGAAGCGUUCCGCGAAAUUCAUCCAUCCAUCCAUCCUUGUCAUUGUCAUUGUCAUCAUCAUCAUCAUCACCACCUCCCAUUUUUCUUUCUCCCUCUCAGCUACUUGCCACUUGCCCUCUACUCAAUGUACUCGUUCGGUUGUCUCCUUUUCUUCACUCCCUUAUUUGCCUUAUUUGCAUGCAACUGUGUAAACAUGUGUAUGUGUCUGUGUGAUUCCAUUACCCUAAACCUGUACCCCUUAUCCCCUACCCCGUGCCCCUCUUACACACACCCUUUAAUACCGUUUUGAAUAUUUUAUAUACCCCCUCCCCCACCCAUAAAGGAAACGCAGAAAAAAAUUGUCCUGUAAUUCCCCCCUCUUGUUUUCUCUUCCCUUCUCUUUCUACAACAAGAAGGGAAGGAGCGGUGGUUAGGAACAUAAAUACAAAUAAUGGACUCAGUCAAACACGAAAAAAAGAGCAGUGCGAAUCUUUCUCUCUUUCUCUCUUUAUUUUCUUUCUUUUCCAUAAAAAGAUAAGAAAACCGUGUCAAAGACCAACCCAAAAAACAGUGCAAUCCUACAAAAAGGUUGAGAACGGGGAAGCGCGCGGAGCAGUUUCAUUUCAAAGAAUGCUACCUGCUGCUGCUGCUUCCCUCUUUACAAAAAAAGUCAUGUUUCCCUUUUCGUUUUGAGCUUGUGACGUUGUUUUUCCGUUGCUGUCUUUGCUAUGCCUGCCUCUUCUAAGAAGUUUUCGUCUCUGAUGAGAUGAAGGGAAGAUAAGAAGGGAAGGGAAAAGUAAUCAAUCAUAGAGAUAGUAAAAAAAAAGAAAAAAAAAUUGUACUCGCUUAUGAUCAUCUCAUAUGAGAUGCUGAUGAGAUAGCUUAUCAUCGUUGCUUUUCAGUGAGACUGUCUCCCUGAUCACUCUAUUGCAUGCAUAACUCUUAUGCUGAGGAACCCUUGACGCUAGGCGCUUGGCGCUUAGAACCAUUAAAUUGAACAACUUCCUGCACUUUUAUUUGAUUUUACUUAUUAUUUUAUUAGCGGAUAUUUGCUCCACUCCGCCAAUGGGAUCAUGGGGAUAGUGGAUAGCAAAUUGAACCAGCGCUGAAAUUAUUUUGAGGAGUGGAGAACUUCCAAGCACUUGGCCUAGAGGGCUGAUGCAACCCUGCCUGUCUCUUCUUUCUGAAUGAUGACAUGAAUAUUCAUUCUUUUACUUUUAUAAAGGACUUUUGAAUAGGUUCGGGAGGCCAGAGGGGAUAGUUGAGAGGAUUCUUUUGAUUGUUUGGUUCUUCUCUUUCCUGUCUAUGAAGAAGAUACAGGGCAUCCAUCAGCGAGGGAGAAAAGGGGUUAGAUAGGCAGCAUGCAGUGUUUUCAAACUUGAUGUAUGAAGCUCUGUUCCUCUGUGUCUAGGUGGAUGGAGGUCGGGCGUUAUUCAAUCGAACAAUGGAACACUCUAUAUAUCGUCGACUGGAACCGCAUAUUUCUUUGAAUGUAGGUGGAAUCAGCUUGUUGCUCAAUGGUUCUUCAGGGGGGGGGGUGAAUGCGCUCAGCAAGAAUUUUACCCUUGACAAGAAUCCGUCGCUGCCAGUUUUGCUUUCUGACAUGAAGAAAGGUGGCCGCGAGGGGGUAAGGAGAAGCUGAUGGAUGCGUAUGAGGAAUGUGAGGUAGAUAUCCUCAUUAGGAGAGAGGGUUGGAUUUAAGCAAUCAUUUUAUACAAUCCAAACGCCCUCCUAUCAUUCUUUACAUACACAGGAACUUGCACUCUGCCGUCCCAUCUCAUCUCUGUCCCCAUCUGGUCGACGUGCAUGCUUCGCAUUUUCUUUCUCUGGAGAUUCCAUUGAUUGGAAAUUCGAUCUUGUCCCCCCCUGCCUGGCCCUACUCCGUACGGCGUACACUACCUAGCAUACGAAGUAUACUAUGCGUAUAUAUAUAUAUCUCAUAUCGACUGCACAGGCUCACAGCGUAACCCACGACCCGACGACACCCUCCAGUACGGAGUACAGUAGU